GGCAGUAGGGAGGGAGCGAGCGAAGGAGGGAGGGAACCGGGCAGGUGACACCGCUCUAGGUUGCUCGGGGUCGGCGGCGGCGGCAGCAGCAACGGUGUCACCAUGCACGUCAAUGGCAAGGUGGCCCUGGUCACCGGCGGGGCGCAGGGCAUCGGCAGGGCUUUCGUCCAGGCGCUGCUGAGCAAGGGUGCGAAGGUAGCUCUGCUGGACCGCAACUCGGAGGCCGGGCAGGAGAGCAAGGCGGCUCUGGACGAGCAGUUCGAACCGCAGAGGACGGUGUUCCUCCAGUGCGACGUUACGGACCAGGAGCAGCUGAAAGGUGCUUUUAAAAAAGUAAUUGAACAUUUUGGAAGGCUGGAUAUUGUGGUUAAUAAUGCUGGAGUGAACAAUGAGAAGGACUGGGAAAGCACUAUACAAAUUAAUUUGACAUCUGUGAUUAGAGGAACUUAUCUUGGCCUAGAAUACAUGAGAAAAGGACAUGGAGGAGAUGGAGGAGUGAUCAUUAAUAUCUCAUCUUUGGCAGGACUCAUGCCUGCUGCAUUCCAACCUGUGUACUGUGCUACAAAGCAUGGUGUAAUUGGAUUCACAAGGUCAAUAGCAUUAGCUGCUAAUAUGGAAAACUAUGGUGUGAGACUCAAUACAAUUUGUCCAGGAUUUGUCAACACACCAAUUCUUCAGUCAAUAGAUAAAGAAGAGAAUAUGGGACAAUAUUAUUCAUAUAAGGACGAGAUCAAAAACAUGAUGCAGUUCUAUGGUGUGAUGGACCCAUCAAUAAUUGCUGAGGGACUAAUAACAAUAAUUGAAGAUGAUACUUUAAAUGGAGAAGUUAUGAAGAUUACGGCAUCCCAAGGGAUUCAUUUCCAACAGUACACCCAAACACCUUUUACAUCAUCAAAUAGAUAAAUAAUUGCUUUAUGCUAAUUAUUUUUGGCUUUUCUUAAAUGUAGAAAAAUUUGAAAAGAGUUAUUUGGGGGAAAAAGGUUAGUGUUGUGUCUUGAGCAGUGAUAGUGUUCAAACAUUCACAUUCUAAUAACAAAGAGAUGGACAAGAGCUAGUGUGGAAGAUGUUACCAUCUAGUUUGAUUCUAUAAGCACUAAUAACAGUGUUUAUUCAGUAGAAUAUACAUACUGCUUUGAAGAUUUUUGAUUAAACACACUGCUUUGAAGAUUUUGGUUAUCUAGUAACGGGGGACAGUUUUUUCCUUCUGGUAGUUCUCAUCUACAUGUUCCAAGUGUAUUUUGGUGGACCUGACUUACUUCAUAUAAUUCUUUUCACUCUCAUAAACCUCUGCUAAUUUAUAUCUUGAAUUCUUCAGAACAGGAAUUCAGUUCAGGAAUCGACAACUCAAAUAUUUCUAUAAGGCGUAAAAAUUUAUGUUUUCUUAGGAAACAAAACAAGAGGCAGACUUCUUUCCUCAUUUAUAUAUGCAACUGGAUAUGUUGCAAGGAAGUACAGAUUUUUAUCUUCUCAGAUUUUAGCUAUUUAUAAAAUAGUUCAGAAAUAUUUUUUUCACUUGUAGAAAUAUAUAUGAAUUUUCUCUCUCUGUAUAUACAAGGAUGAAUACUUUGGCAUUGAUUGAAAUGUCUACUUACUCAUUAAAUCUCAUUUUCUAAAUGUUUAAGUCUAAUUUCUUGCCUCAAUUGAUUAAAACCUCCUGAAUAAUUGGAAAGGAGGGAACGUUAUAAGUGUGCAUUUUGGUAUCAUAAUAUACUCAGAUGGAGCAUGUCAUAUAGUGGCAAUGAAAAUUAAAAAAAAUUACUUCCUGAGUGUAUUGGACCUUCUGAAUUCAGGUCAAUCCCCAGCUACAUUUAUGAAACAAACCUUGGUACUCCAUAGGUUACAUGCCUGACAAAAAUAAAUUUUUGACAUUAAUUUAAUUAGGACUGUAGCAUAAGAAGAAUUAAUGAGUCCUGGAAAAGCUGGGAAAAGUUAGUAUUUAGCCUCCUUAAAAGUACUGACUUAAAUUUCACUGAUGUAAGCAUUGUUUUUUUCAGCAUUGUAACCAAAAAAGUGGAAACAAUAAUAUUUAUCUUCUGUGGAAGUCAGGAAGCAAUAAGACUGUGGGGAGAGGAAAAGAAGCAGACACACAUACCUUAAGUUACUCAUCAUUCUCCCUCUGCCUCCAUUUUUGGCUCUGUUAAUACUAUUUUUAAAGCCUAUUUUGAAUGCACUCAUGCUGCUAGCCACAUUAUCAGCAUUCCACUAGACUAACAACGACUAUCUGAUUCGAUUGUAUUAAUUUCUACUUUCAUCUCAUUAAAAUCAGAGCAUUUCCUAAUAUAUGACAAAAUAGUGCAAAAGCUGUGAUGUAAAUUUAAAAAUCAGCGUUCUUCUCUAAUUAGGUUCGAACACUGAAAAUCAUCAACUUCCGCUUCUCUCCUUGUUAAGUAGCAUUUAAAUGUAGUUUAUAAACAAGGGAUGGUGUUAUAGUAUAUGUAAACCAUGCAACUAGCAAACACCGCACUAAGUUAAAUACUAACUCAACAGCUUGUCAUAAUAUAAUAACAUACUUCACAUAACAAUGAUAAUAUUGUAAAUGUCAGUAUGUGUAUUGAUGAUAGGUUGUGGUCUUGAGUGCUUUUGUUCACUUCUGCUCCUUGCUUCCCCAAAAGAAAUACCUGUUAACCAGGAAGGGUUGAGUUUUCCAAAGGAUCAAUGAAAGAAUAUAUAAUUUAACAAUGUCAGUAAUAAAAGGUUGAAGUCCAACAUGUGCUCCCUAGAGGAAGAAAAACAGAAAGAAAUCUAAUCAGAGCCAAUCAUUUCAGACACUGCACAAUUAACUUGUGGUAUUGCACUGGUACAAAAUUCUAAUUAUGUGAAUUGGGAGUAUUCUAAGAAUGGAUUGCACUUAUGUGGUAUGUCAAUUGUCACACGAGAUAGAUAGACACAUAGAUAGGUAGACAUUAAUAAAACAUGCGUUUAGAUUCCAGGACACUGGAAAAUCUGAGCCUGUAUCUGAGGGAGAGUUAAAGCCAUAUCUUUCUUGUAUGUAUAGGUCUUUUCUUCUGGAUUAUUUUUGUAAUUCAAGGAUGUUUUCAAAUCAAAGUCAUACAGAAAACUUCAUGAAAAGCAGAGACUGCAUUCACUUCCAUCUGAUAAGGAAGUCUCAGAAUGCAAUACAUUCUGAUUUGAUCAAAUUUACAUUUAUCCAAAGAAAAAUCUCAAAUUAUUAUCUUAAUCUUACUAAAAGGAACAAGGAAGUAACAAUGAAGUAAAACUCUUGAUGCAAAAUCUAACAGGAAAAAUAGCCAUCAAAUUUCUAACUUUGAAUUUAAAAAUAAAUGCCCCAAACCAAAUAUCGUUUUUCGGGUUUUGUUAGUCUGUAUUAAAACACAUGUGAGGGGUUUAUCUGCACAGGAAGAACAAGUCCCAAAUAUGUUUUGGAAAGGUUUCCUGUAAGACUUCCCCCCAAUCUUUGGAAGUCUUCCAGAGUAAAGAAAAAGAGCAUAUGUUUGAUUUACAGACAGAAACACCCAGGGAAACAAUAGGUAGAAAGGUGAGUUAAAAGAAGAAAAUAACUUUCAUUUCUGCACAAAGGCUGUUUUGAAAAUUUGUCUUUGGUUUAAAGUCUUGACAUAAUUCCAAGGCUUAAUUUAUUUUGCCUGGGAGAUCAUGAUUUUUAAGAAAACUGUUCCAAUUUUGAAGGGAAACUCAGCCAAGAAGAAUAACAAAUAUUUUAGAUGAGAGAUGUGAUACUAAUUGCCAAGGACGUAAGAUGGCAAGUAAUAAUCUAGACGCAUAUAAUGAUCAUUAUUUGUAAUGAACAUUCAUUGCCACAUGACAUGAGUUUACUUUUCAGUGGGUUUUCACAGUUUCAAAUAGGAAACUUUUAAGAGUAAAGAAUAAAUAUUACCAGUGAACUCCACUUUUUCAGUAUUUAUGAUCCCACAUCUAAACGCAACUCAAUGCAUUUCAACUGCAUUGUGACAGGACAGUGUUGCUUAGUUUGUAUUAUUUAAUGCCUUAAUUCAAGAAAAUCUUUUUGAAAAUAUACACAACUGCAGGCAUCGACAUUAUUAUGUGGGUAGCUUAUUAUGUUCUGUGUGUUGAGAUGGUCCUCAAAUUGGCUUGUGUUAUAUGUCUCAUAAAACCAUACGUGUAUAAAUUUUAUUAUUGAGAGGGUGACCUAUGCAGUAACAAAUCCUCAUUGUAGAUUCCUUAAAUUAAGGAAAUCCUGCAAUGACGGACUAGACCCCUUCCUCUUGUUUAGAGCAUAAGUUUCACAAAUGUAAACCAAAAAGAAUCUUUAGUAAAACUAAAACCUAAUUUCCACUGAAAUCUUGAAUAUGAUCCUAAUAUUUAAAGGAACAGCAUUAGACAUCUAAUGCUAUGACUUCUAGGCAGGAUGGGGCUUUUCUGACAGACAAUGAUUUCCUUCCUCCAGUGUUGAACCACUUUAAACUUUCUACAGGAUGAUUCUCCAGCUUGAACUUCCCUUUUAGCUAAGUCUAUUUGUUUUGUAUCAAGAUAUGUUGACAGUUUUCAGCUGCUGCUCUGGGAGUCCAGGUGGUUCAAUGAAAGUGAAGGAUAAUACCAUAAGAUUUAUAUUUUUACUUUUUUUUCCACUAGUACGAAUAAGAACAGCUUAAUGUCAGGUCAAAUUUGUAAUUUAUAUUGAGAGAGACAGCAAACAAGAAGAGUUAUGUUCUUAAUCUGAAGAGGACAGUAAACAGGAAAAGAACAGGUCAAGUAAAAAAAUGUAUAAGUUGCAAAGAGAUUAAAUUUACAACAUAUUUGAAAUAAGUAACAUUAUACCACUGUUUAUUGGAAAGGCAAUUAUUAUGAACUGUGGACCAAAUCUAAAUCUGAAUGUUUUCUGACUUUUAUACAAAGACAGUCUAACAUACUAUUGCUAGGGAUUCAGAAUAAAAUGAGGAUCUUCACAGUAAAAAAAUGAAUAAAGAAUUAAUCUAUUUUAAGCAAUCAUGCUUUAAGAAGGGAAGCAUUUGCAACAGUUAUAUAUUCAGGUCCCUUUAUUUUUCAGUAAGCUCUGUGCUAAUUCAUUGCUGGCAUCUACUGGGCAAACCUUUCAGAGAUUGUUACCACUGCAGAGGCAAAAUCUAUUUCUUCCUACAGAAUUGCACCCUUUCAGCUUUUACUUCUUAUCAGAGGGUUUCUAGCUCCCCUGCUGUCAUCCAGAAAAGAGGCCACACAGGACGGGACCAUCAUCUGGUGACAGGUCUGACAUCUGUUCCAGGAAUUCCUGGAUGAUUUGAGGGUCUAGAUUUAGCCUCAUGAAGCAGAAAUUCCUUGUAGUUACAUCCAAGAAGAGGGCAUAAAGAGCUAGCUAUCCUCUUAUAUAUCACCCUGGCCUUACCACUUCCUUUUCUGCAUCUUUCCAUUGGACAACCUUAAACAUAAGCAUUUCAGCAGGGAACUAUGCUCCAGCCACACCAAAACACAACUGUGCCUUUUCAGCAGUCACCAAGAGCAUUUUCACUUAAGACAUCACUCAUUUCACAAAUUUCAGACAAACCGUAAGGCCAGCUUACCAGCUCAUGUGAAUCUCUGCUUCACAGAAAUGGCCAAAGGUAUCUCAGUAGCAUUUUCCUCUUCGCAAUGUGAGGCUUCCUCAGCAGCUGCAAUCUUGAGAAACUAAAAAAGAAUAAGAAAUAAGGCUCUCAGUUACACAGCUUUGAAUUUGUUACUAUAGGACAUGAGAACAAGCACACUUCUGCCUGCUUUCAUAAAAAAAAAAGCACAAAGACAACUUUGACUGCACUUUCCCACAGUUGCAAACAAAACCCACAGAAGAGAAGAGGAAAUAAAGGUAUUUUUGGAAAAUGGGAGUAUAAAAUUCUUCAGGAAAAAUAGUUGUAUUUUUUAGCUAACCUAUCCAUUCCUAUUUAUAUAAAUUACUAGCACUUCAGAAUCUUGUACAGCAUUAGACCUUGGAGACAUAUUGCUGCAAUUAACACUGCAAGCAGUUAACCUCAUAUACACAACUGCUGCAGUUCUUGAGAAAGACCCACAGAUGGGCAGAGAAUAUUGAAAUCUUUGCCACUUAUUCUGGAACAGCUGUUGCAAAAGUGAAUCAUCUUCCUUGUACAAAACCCUUCUGGCAAUUUCACUUCAAAUAGAUGUAGUGUUCCUUUAUGGAGCUUUUUUCUCCUCUGCAUUUGUAAGACUGUUUAAAUCCACUGCCCUCAGCAAUGCUUACGAAUUAGCUGACGACACUCAUCAAAACUACUGCUGUUGUUUUGAUUUAAGAUUGUUUGCAUUAAUAUAUACCUUAAAUCAAGGUUAGAGAAAAUGCAGCUAGGUAUUCAUAUAUGCCAAAUACUACACCAGCACUUCACUUUAUAUUCAAAUUUUCCUAGAGGGACAGUGCAUCUUGACUUCAUACAGCAGCUACUACCCCUUCAUUUUCACACCCUCUGUAUAUGACUAUUUUAUUUAUAUGUAUACAUACAUACACAUAUCUCCAUAUAUGUUAUCUAUAUAUCUGCACACUCACAGAAUACACAUCAGAAAGAAAUUAUCUUUUUUUCUAGAGCAACAGAUACUUUGUAUACAUGUACCUGAAGACAGCAACUUUUAGAGAAUUUGUAAAACUUUAUUUUUGAGCAGUGUUCAUCUGCCAGCUCUGUUCUGUGAAGUUCAUGGAAGAUGCUUAAACCUAUAUAUUACAUUUCAUUGAGCA